UGCCUUAUCGUUCAAUAAUAUUUUUUGGCACCGAAACAUGAGCAGCACUAGUGCUAGUAACACGAUUCUGGAAACGCUGAGGCUGAAGAGUCCCAAGCUCGUGCUACUGGAGUGUUGUUCCAAACUUGGGGACCUCAAAAUCAUCCAUGCCCAUAUGCUGAGAACCCAUGUCUUCUUCGACGUGUUUGCAGUGAGUCGCCUCGUUGCUUUCUGCAUAAACUCCACUAACUUGCUGCAUUACGCCAUCAAAGUCGCGUCCCAAAUACAGAACCCCAACCUCUUCAUCUACAACGCAUUGAUUCGUGGUUGUUCCACCAGCGAAAACCCAUCAAAUUCCUUUCACUAUUAUAUCAAAGCUCAACGCUUUGGUCUCUUUCCUGAUAAUAUCACUCACCCUUUUUUGGUUAAGGCGUGUACUCAGCUUGAGUCUGCCGCUAUGGGCAUGCAAGCACAUGGUCAAAUCAUUAAGUAUGGAUUUGAACAAGAUUGUUAUGUUCAAAACUCUCUCGUUCAUAUGUAUGCUACUGUUGGGGAUAUAAAGGCUGCAAGGAGCAUUUUUCAGAGGGUGCAUCGUUUUGAUAUAGUCUCAUGGACUUGCAUGAUUGCCGGUUAUCAUAGAUGUGGGGAUGUUGUGGCUGCACGUGAGUUGUUUGAUAGAAUGCCGGAGAAGAAUUUGGUGACGUGGAGUACGAUGUUCAGUGGUUAUGCUCGGAAUAAUUGUUUUGAUAAAGCGGUUGAGCUGUUUGAGGUUCUUCAGGCAGAAGGGGUGGUGGCUAAUGAGACCGUGAUGGUGGGUGUGAUAUCUUCUUGUGCUCAUUUAGGGGCUCUUGAUAUGGGAGAGAAAGCUCAUGAGUAUGUGAUGAGGCAUAACUUGACUUUGAAUCUGAUUCUUGGGACAGCUAUUGUUGACAUGUAUGCAAGAUGUGGGAAUGUUCAGAAAGCUGUUCAGGUUUUUGAGCAACUACCAGAAAAGGAUGUGCUUUGUUGGACAGCUUUGAUUGCUGGAUUGGCCGCUCACGGUUAUGCAGAGACAGCACUAGAGUAUUUGUCAGAAAUGGUGAGAACGGGGCUGGUUCCUAGAGACAUCACAUUCACUGCAGUGUUGACAGCUUGUAGCCAUGGAGGACUGGUUGAGAGAGGUUUGGAAAUAUUCGAAAGCAUGAAACGAGAUCAUGGGGUGGAACCAAGAUUGGAGCACUAUGGAUGUAUGGUUGAUCUUCUUGGCCGUGCAGGGAAGCUGACAGAGGCAGAAAAUUUUGUUCUUAAAAUGCCUGUGAAGCCAAAUGCUCCAAUAUGGGGAGCACUGCUAGGAGCUUGUAGGAUCCACAGAAAUGUAGAAGUUGGGGAAAGGGUGGGAAAGAUUUUGAUCCAGAUGGAACCAGAACAUAGUGGUUAUUAUGUGCUACUCUCCAACAUAUAUGCUCGCACAAACAAGUGGAAAGAUGUUACUAUCAUGAGACGGAUGAUGAAGGAAAAAGGAGUUAGAAAGCCACCUGGAUAUAGUCUCAUUGAGGUAGAUGGAAAAAUUCAUGAAUUUACAAUUGGAGAUAAAACACACCCGGAAAUAGAGAAAAUAGAAAGAGUGUGGGAAGAUAUACUACAGCAAAUAAAAUUAGCUGGUUACGUUGAAAACACAGCUGAGACAUUGUUUGACAUUGAUGAAGAGGAAAAGGAAGAUGCACUUCACAGGCAUAGUGAGAAGCUGGCCAUUGCAUAUGGAAUUAUGAAUAUUCGACCUCCUACGCCAAUCCGGAUUGUGAAAAACUUACGUGUAUGUGAAGAUUGUCACACAGCUACCAAGUUGAUUUCUAAAGUUUUCAAAGUAGAGUUGAUUGUGAGAGACCGAAACCGAUUCCAUCAUUUUAAAGAAGGCACAUGUUCUUGCAUGGAUUACUGGUGA